AUGGUUUCACCGCCUGUAAGUCCUGGUGUUGCAAGUACUGAAAGCCGAGCGGGCAUUCGUGACCCUAGAAAACUAUCAACGAAGGGUGAAUCUUUGUAUGAACUUCUUGGGAUACCCAAGGAUGCCACUACAGAAGAGAUCAGGAGGGCAUAUCGAAGGUUGGCGCUUCGGUGUCAUCCUGACAAAAAUCCAGAUGAUCCAAAAGCCGGUGAAAAGUUUGCUGAAUUGAACCGAGCGAAUGUUAUCUUAACCGAUGCAACCAAGAAAGAAAUAUACGACAAAUAUGGCUCCUAUGGUAUUUAUGUAAGUGAAACAGUUGGGGAAGAGGCGGCGAUGACAUACUUGAAGCUCAACAAUCCGUGCCUAAAGUGUCUCUUCUUAACAGUCUUCUUCCUCACUGGCUGCUGUUGCUGUUUGUGUUGCUGCUUCUGCUGCUCUUGUUGCAGGAAGGUCCCCGAGGAGGAUCUUGUAGACAUGGCACCGGAAUCAGACGAAGAGGCAUACCAAAAUGCGAGCGACAAAGGAGAUAGGGCACCCGAACAACCUAUAUCCUCGGAGCCAAUUGUGCUGCCUCCACCCAACGACUACCCCUAG